UCUGGGUGCCUCUGUCUACCUCUGUCUCUUCCACACUCGCUCACACACACACACACACGCACGCACGCACGCACGCACGUUCUGACAUCAUGGCGCCCAAGAAAGUGGAGCCCAAGAAGCCGGAGCCCAAAAAGCUGGAGCCCAAGAAGGAGGCGGCCCCCGCGCCCAAACCGCCCGAGCCGGAGCCCGAGCCCCCGAAGGAGCCGGAGUUCGACCCCGCGGCCGUCACCCUGGAGUUCACGCCCGACCAGAUCGAGGAGUUCAAGGAGGCGUUCACCCUGUUCGACCGCACCCCGGCGGGGGAGAUGAAGAUCACCUACGGGCAGUGCGGGGACGUGAUGCGGGCGCUGGGCCAGAACCCCACCAACGCCGAGGUGCUGAAGGUGCUGGGCAAGCCGCGGGCCGAGGACAUGAGCUCCAAGACGCUGGACUUCGAGACCUUCCUGCCCAUGCUGCAGCACAUCUCGCGCGCCAAGGACCAGGGCACCUUCGAGGACUUCGUGGAGGGCCUGCGCGUCUUCGACAAGGAGGGCAACGGCACGGUCAUGGGCGCCGAGCUGCGCCACGUCCUGGCCACGCUCGGGGAGCGGAUGACCGAGGACGAGGUGGACCGCCUGAUGUCCGGCCAGGAGGACGCCAACGGCUGCAUCAACUACACGUCCUUCGUCAAGCACAUCCUGUCGGGCUGA